AUGAAUACCAUUACACUCGUCUUGGAUGCUGAUUCUGACUAUGAAAGAAGUUGUGAAGAAAACUCGCGCCAUAUGGCAGCUUCGAGGAACUACGAUCAGAAGCAGAAACGGAAUUACACUAUUUUUCAGCUGAUUACGCCGGGUGAGCUAAUACAUCCGGAGAUUGAUGAAAUGUCGGUGAUGACAUAUCUGUCACAAUUCCCAGCUGCCAAGCUGGAUGAAGUCAAGAGAGAGCUUCCUGAAGAACCGAUAGCUUCUGGAAGUUUGAUGGAUUUGAAUGCUUUCCCUGUGGUCAAUAUGCCCACUGAAUUUGUAGUCAAUAUCGUUGGAGAUGGCUACAAGCCAAAGAUGAAAAUCAUUGAUCCGGAUGGGCGUGAAGUGCAUUACACGGUCGCUGAAGAAGAUCCGCAUAAGUUCAUCAUCACCUACACUCCAUUACGUGACGGAAUCUAUCAUAUUUCGCUAGCCUUAAGAGAUCUAGCACUGGGAACUGUCACACCUGUAGAAGCAGCUACCCGGACUAUAGAAGCUUUGCCUAUCGUUCGCUUGUGUUCGUAUCCAGAACGAGUACGGGUUGGUGAUCCUGUGCCGUUACGCGUGGAAGGAGCUAUCAGAGGAGUCGUUGAAGUAGUGGUAGUUGAUGCUCUUGGAGGAGAACAUCAGUUAGCUGUCAUAGGCGAGCUUGCUUUAUCCAAAUACCAAAUAACGCUUAGGAACUAUAUUACCGAUCAAGUUUAG